CCUGAGGGAGGGAUGACGAAGGAGGACAUUUCAGAGCCCGCUGAAGGGGACGUCGUCCUGGGCUGCCAGAGGAGCCAGUCUUCCCAGCAGCGAGCGGUUAUCCACCAGGUGGCCUCUGCUCCUCAGCCCGGUGACUGUGAGUUCUCCUUCUUUGACCCCAGUGAGCCGCAGUGCAAGGAGAUUCUUCAGGAUCCCAACACCACCAUCCCUGAGCUGUUUGCUGUCCUCAGGCAGUGGGUGCCUCAGGUUCAGAAGAACAUAGAUGUCAUUGGCAUCGAGAUCCUGAAGAGAGGUUGUGGCGUGAAUGAUCGAGAUGGUCUGACUGAUAUGACCUUACUGCACUACUGCUGCAAGGCCGGGGCUCCGGGCAUUGGUGAUGCAGAGACGGCGGCUAGCUUUGCCCGUCAGCUCCUCGCCCUGGGUGCUGAUCCCAGCCUUCGCUCGCGCUGGACAAACAUGAGGGCCCUGCAUUACGCCGCCUACUUCGAUGUGCCCCAGCUGAUCCGGGUGGUUCUACAGGCCGCCCAGCCUGGAGAGGUUGAUGCUACCUGCAGUGACUUUGACUUUGGCACAGCUCUGCACAUCGCUGCAUCCAACCUGUGCACGUCAGCCAUCAAAUGUCUCUUGGAGCUGGGAGCCAAUCCAGCUUUCAGAAAUGACAAAGGACAGAGUCCAGCAGAUGUUGUGCCCGACCCCCUCGAUAUGCCCUUGGAGAUGGCAGAUGCAGCCGCUGUGGCCAAAGAGCUGCUGACUUUACUGAGACAGGCUUUACCUCGACCCAUCUCACCGCUGCCCUUCACACUACAAGGCCAGUCUGUUCCUGCGCUCUGUGAUAGGGCUAGGAUACAACUCGCCUCCAUGGGGAUUCAACUGGGUGAUCGCGUGGUUAUAGCCAGACAGAAGGUCGGAACGCUGCGAUUCUGCGGCAGCACCGAGUUUUCCGCAGGCCUCUGGGCCGGAGUGGAACUGGACAAACCGGAGGGAAAGAACGACGGCUCUGUCGCAGGGGUUCAGUAUUUCACCUGCCGAACUAAACACGGAAUAUUUGCUCCUUUGUCCAAAAUAAGUAAGCCUUUGGAAAAACGUAAAUCAAGCUUCACAAGAACAUCGACGCCUCUGCGUCCUCCUCGGCGUGCUGAUCUGUCCCGAGUUACUUCCAAGGUCAACACGGGUAUUCUCUCCCGGUCUCUUUCUUCCUCUUCAUCCUCGUUGGACUCUCGGCCCAGACCAAGCGCCCGACCUCGUCCCCUGCCGAGGCAGCGCCUUCCUGCCAGGCAGCAAAGAGAGAACAUUUCCCCAAACCCCAGGAUGGCCCAAUCACCGGCGCGUCGGUCGUCUCGUACCACAGCUCCUCCCGCUGCAGGUUUCAGAAGUCGAACCCCUUCAGGCAGCAGCUUGUUGUGUGACGGUAUUGAGGUCCGACAGGGGGAGAGGGUGCUGGUGGCGGGCCAGAGAACAGGCAUUGUUCAGUUCUGUGGGAAAACCAGCUUUGCUCCUGGAAUCUGGUUGGGCAUCGAGCUGGACAAGCCGAGUGGUAAAAACGAUGGCUCAGUGGGAGGAGUGAGGUACUUCAGCUGUCCUCCAAAACACGGCGUUUUUGCGCCGCCGUCUCGAGUUCAAAGGAUCCAUGGUUCAGUUGACUGCCUUUCAGAGCUCACCACUUCACGCUUCAGUCAUCAGUUCAGCGGAACGAUUCGCCGCAGUUUCAGCACAUCGUCCGCCAUCGCUGCCCCAAAGGAAACGAGCAGAAGAAGCCCCGUUUCCAGGAGUCGCUCCCAUCCUCACCGCCGCCGCUGGAGCACCCGGAGCGGCAGCAGCGGUGGAUUUUCUGGACACACAGCAGGUUCUGGUUCCGACGGACAGGUGCGUCUCCACAUGGGCAUGCAGGUCUUCCUGAGCAGCGCCAACGAGAUGGCUUCCAUCCGUUACGUGGGCACAGCGGACUUUGCCCCGGGCCUCUGGCUCGGUCUGGAGCUCCGGAGCCCCAAAGGCAAGAACGACGGCUCGGUGGGCGACCGCCGCUACUUCACCUGCCGGUCCGGAUACGGCGUUCUGGUUCGACCCAGCCGCGUCACCUACUGCGGCAUCAACGGUUCCCGUUUAGUGGAUGAGAAAAGCUGAAGAUGUUUAACUUUAUCAUCUCGAACGUCUCACUUGAAACUGGGCCGUUCAGAGGUUUGAAAGUUGUUUGAGACAAAAUGCACUUUACAAAGUUUAAAUUCUGAUUACAAUCUGUUCGGGCUGGAUUUAACAUGUUUGUGUGAGGGGGCGUUUUAAUAACUGCACUAUAUUUAAUCUGAUUGCACUGACAAACAUCAGCAAGAUAGAAUAAGAUUAAACAAAGUAUGCACCUGUAUAUA